AAAUAAAGAUUCUGGACGUAUUUGUGAUCAGACGUCGUAAGCCGUGGUUGUAAAGAGAUCUUAGUCGGCCCCAGGUACAGGUUAUUCCGUCUGCUAUCCUCCUUUCUGUUGGAGUAGAGGCUUUUUUCUGUGUUGACAACUUAUUCUAAAGGAGGGUGAUGUUUAAUUUGGCUCGACAGGCAGUUGUAAGAAGAGCAGGUGUUCAGUCUUGCAUUGUCUCCCCAUUUUUAAAUCUUACCAAUAACUCAUUUUUGGGGUCAUCAUCACCCAUUCUUCAGACAGUCAGCAUUCCACAACCCAACCUGUCUCACAACAUGUCUGGUGUAGCUGCUCCCCCUCCUGUUGCGCUCAAGACCAAAGGAAUUGAAAAGAGUGUUUGGGUUGAAUUCAUCCAGUUAGCAUUGGAAGUAAAGCCCCUCAACCUUGGUCAGGGAUUCCCUGACUUUGCUGCACCAGAAACUGUUAGAAAAGCUCUUGCAGAGGCAACCCUCAGCGAGACUAAUGUCCUCUUGAAUCAGUACACUCGAGGCUUUGGUCAUCCUCGCUUGGUGGCUGCUUUGUGUAAACUGUACUCAAAGUUAGUUGGAAGAGAAUUGAAUGCACUGACAGAAGUGUUGGUAACAGCUGGUGCAUAUGAAGCUCUUUUUGUAGCUAUUAUGGGCCUAGUAAAUCCAGGGGAUGAAGUCAUCAUCAUAGAGCCAUUCUUUGAUUGUUAUGUACCUCAGGUCAAGUUAGCUGGUGGGACACCUGUGUUUGUUCCACUUCGUCCAAAAAAGACUGAGGGUGUUACUUCUUCCGGUGACUGGGUCUUAGAUCCUGAUGAGCUUGCAAGUGCAUUUAAUGAGAAGACUAAAGCUAUUAUUGUAAAUACUCCAAACAAUCCCUUAGGGAAGGUUUAUAAGGAAGAAGAACUAAUGAUGAUUGCCAACCUUUGUAAGAAGCACAAUGCCAUUGCCAUCAUGGACGAAGUAUAUGAAUGGAUGACUUACACAGGUCAAAAGCACGUCCGAAUGGCCACCUUGCCUGACAUGUGGGAACGCACUGUCACAAUUGGGUCUGCUGGUAAGACAUUCUCUGUGACUGGCUGGAAAACUGGGUGGGCCUAUGGACCUGCUAACCUGAUGAAAGGCCUUCAAGUAAUUCACCAGCAUUCUGUUUACACUUGCACAACACCUGUUCAGGAGGCUGUAGCACAAGGAUUUGAAAUUGAGAUUGAAAGGUUUGGUACUCCCGACUGUUAUUUUCUGUCCUUGCCAGCUGAGUUGGAAGUAAAGAGGGACAACGUUGUCAGAAUUCUUACAGAAGCAGGUCUCAGUCCUAUUGUUCCUGAAGGAGGUUACUUCAUUAUUGCUGAUACAAGAUCCAUUUCGAGCAAGAUUGACAUUGGAGGAGAUCCCAAUGAGAGAAAGGACUUUCGCUUUGUGAAAUGGCUCUCUCGUAAUCGCAAGCUUCAAGGUAUCCCUCCAUCUGCUUUCUAUUCUCCAGAACAUGGUGACAUUGGGGAAAAUUACAUUCGAUUCUGCUUCAUCAAGGAGGAUGCAAAUCUCGAGAAGGCUGGAGAGAUUUUGUUGCAGCUCAAGAAAGACAUUGAUGCUGGCCAAGUCUAAGUCAAACUAGGUAAAAUUUUCCUGUGAUUAUUUGCAUUAAGAUUAUAUUGCCAAAGUUUAUUCUAGACUACUUAAGAGAAUCAUGAUGCCAGAUUUGUUUGUUUAGCUCUUUUAUUUAUAACUAUAUUGCAAGAUUACAUUAUUGUUAAUAUUUUAAUUGGUAUUAUAAUUAUUUUAUUUAUGGCAAUCAUAGGAAGGUUAGAUUGUAUAAUAAUUUUUUCAUUAUACGUAUGGUAUUUGUAUCUAGGACUAAGAACGGUUGUGUAAACUAUACAUGCUGAAGUCACUAGAAUUAUAUUUUGGUGCUUCCUGAACUCCAUAUGUAUUUUGUAGACAUCCAUAUUACUUAAUGCUCAAAUAGCAUUUGACAUAGAUAUAUGCCUUUAGAUUAUUAUUUUUAAAAUUUAGUCAGAAAAUAUUAUAAUCUUGUGGAGUUGGGGCAGUAGGAAUGAUAUUUUUGUAUUACUAAGUACUGCCUAUUAGAACAAAUGAAGUGUCGUUGGCCUGUAAAGCACUUCACAAAAGACUGUGAUGGAGUUGAUUUUAUAAAUUUCAGAGGUUCACAAGUAAACUUUGAAUCCAAA